GUGAAGGGUAUGGGUAGACUGUUAUAUCACUUCCGGAACACGAGAUACAUCAUGUAUCAGCUAUAAAAAUUGAAACAACUCAAAUCAAAAUCACAUCUGCUCCAGAUAGUCAAACUAAAAACAUCAAUAAAUAUGAAGAUUACAAUUUUCGUCACCGUCGCUUUGACCGCCGUCGUCGGAAUGGUCUUUGCCGACGAAAGAUUCAAUAACUGGAACAACAACAACGGAUGGGGAAAUGACAACAACGGAUGGGGAAAUGAUGACGGGUUCGGCGGUGCAUCGUUCGGUGGCGCUUCAUUUGGCGGUGCUUCACUUGGCGGUAUCGGACAUAUCAGCGGAGGUAUCGGCGGUGGAUACGGUCCAAGCUACGGUGCUGGAUACGGCAGUGGAUACGGUGCUGGAUACGGUAUGGGCUACGGAUCUAGCUACGGAUCUAGCUACGGCAAAGGAAUGGCACAGGCUGCAUACAUUCCAGUUCCAGCUGCACCAAAGGCCGCUGGAGGUCUUGGCAUGUCCAUCUUGCCCCUGUUCUUCUUGUUGUUCCUUCUCCCACAAUUGUUCAACACCAACGCCAACCAAGACCAGAUUGUUCUCAUCAACUCAACAGUUUCUGGAAAAUAAACUAUAAUGAAAUUUUACCUGGUUCUAAGUAUAAAGAUGUUCCUAUUAUCACCACACAGCCUAGAUGUAUUUUGAUCAGACAGCAACAGUUCUACAAAUAUGUACAUGUUAUUUAUUAUUGUUAUGUUGGACAGAAAAUAAAACUGAAAAAAAAAAUCCAAA